UAUUGCUUUUUUAAAAAUAUUUGACAUCACAUAUAUUGAGAAUUUAUUUGGGUCAAUUUGUGAUGUUUCAAAUUCUACAUUGUCGUAUUGUUGCUGUAGUAUAUAUAUAUGUAUAUCAUAGAUCUAAGUGUUUUUUAUUUAUUGCAGUUAAUCAUGCUGCUUCAUUUGUUAGUAUUUCAAUUUUUCUUGUGCCCUUAUAAGUCUGAUUUUAUCAAUAAUAUCUAUACCAUUAAAAUUUUAGCGUAUCAGGAGAAAUGGGAGUAUUUUAUAAGGUAGAUAACGAACUACGCGUAAAAGGAUUAAGAAUUACGAAUACGUCGAUAAGUUUUUUGACAUAACUUUUUAUCUCUAUGUUCGAAAUGGUAAUUUUUUUUUAAUUUCAUCCAUCGUGAAAAAAUAAAUUAAUGUGUAAUCCAUAUGUACAAAUUUUAAAAUGCCAUAUAAUAAAUGAGAAUUGCAAUUUUGCUAGCAAAUUGCGGUUGCAACGACUGUUUCAAUUGUGCUAAUAAAUAAAAUGAAAAAUAUCUUUAAUUAUCUUUUUCUCUAAAUUAUUCAGAAUGAUACGAAGAAGCUGUGUAAUCCGCAAGAUUUUUUAGAAAAACCUGCAUCAUAUAAUAAAUUUAUUCCAUAAUAUCUUAGUUUGUAAAUCAUAUUUCUCUGAUUCAUUUUUUAUUUCACUUCCUUGUCAUAUGCCACGCAGAAAAAUAUCAUUUAAAAAGAAAUAGGUACAUGUUAUUCAGUGAGUCGCAGAAGUAUUCGUACCCUCGCAAUUAUUGAAUUCAUACGAUUGAUAUUCUUCAACGAUAUAUACACUAAUGCCCAUCAAUGAGAAUACAUAUCUACGAAUAUAAUUAAGGUUUUCAUUAACGUAUCACUUAUUGAAAAAUAGCAGUUCCUUAUAAUAUUUCAAGAGAGAUUAAACGAAACAUCGUGAAUUCGAUAAUUAUAAAACUACGAAUACUUCUGUAACUCACUGCACAACACCAUCAAAUCACAAACUCCCCUCAACAAAAUCCACCAAACAAUAAUUCAACACAACAACAACAAUAACAAUUUUAUUUCCAUUCAUCCAUAUUGCAUCAUAGUAUCAAGAACGAAACGAAGUUGCCUCGUUUCUGCCGCUCAAGUCCACGGAGCAAUGAUCGAGAAGAACCGAUCCUCUGGCGUUGCUGAACGUGCGUGAUCACGAAGAAACUACGGAGAUACGGUAGCGGCCAAAGAUUCGCCGAGCGACGAUCCUCCAUCACCAGUUGUUCGAGUGAACCGUUUGCAUAGACUUCGAUCGCGUGUGUCGCGUUUUACGUCGUGCUGACUACGAAGACCGACCAUAAGGAAUCGCCUGGUGGCGCGGAAAGGCGAAGGAAGUUCCUCAAGAGGAACCCAGCCGGUAUCCGGCGUUCGAUCAACGCCAUCUCUAAAUAUACUUAGAUCAAAUUUAAUCAUGGAGAAUGAAGUAACUACGACCUCUGACAUACCCAAGACGCCAGAAGGUAUUAAAGGAUGGUUAGGAUCGGUGUUUAUCGCCACGUCACAAACUGUCGUAGGCCAAACAUUGUUCAAAAUGGUCGACUCGUUUCUCUGGAAUGUCGAAAAGUCUGCACAAUGGAGCUUACCAGCUCAGGAAAUUGAAGAUGAGGACAAAGGUAAAGUAUUCGGGAAGAUGAAACUUGUCAGACCGCUACCGUGGUUAAUAUUCCUGCCAGGAUUACUGAUCCUUCGAAUCAUCAGAUGUACAAUUAACAUUGGUGCUUAUAUUUUCGGCUAUCCACAAAUCCAACCGAUUACAAUGGUAAGAUUCGUGCAAAGGAGUCGCAGACGAUUAAGAGCGCUGAACUUGAAGAUAGCGAGAUCAAUGCGGCGUAGUCCGACUAGCAAGGACAAGAGAUUGACGAUGAUCGAGGCCAAGAAGGCCUUAAUCAGAUCCAUCAGAUUGACUUUGUCGACUUUGUCUUGUUUGGAUACGUCCAAAUCGUUGCCUUCGCCACCACCAACGAAAAUUCGCAUAAGUCAUACGGAUCUUGAACCGGUGACAACGCCGGACGAAAAAUCAACCACAGAAUCUGUCGACAGUCCGAUACAGCAUGAAGCGAAGCGCAAAUUUUCUCAGAUCAGUUCGGAUGGAGAGAAUAUCGACGGGUCGGAUGGCGAAACGCUGGAUGUGAAACUUGGAAGAUUGGCCAUGGAAGAUAGCGCAGACGAUUUAGAUUUUAACCUUGCCACGUGUAGCACAGGGAUCAACACAGCAUCCAGCUCGGUGAGCAGCGACGAAGCGGACAAAGAUGUGUCUUUAACGGAGUUGAGGGAUAUUCAGAAGGAAGCUAAUGAAUUUCUCCAAAACGUGGCUAUGCUAACAUCUUCGGAGACAGUGAUGCCGAAUUUGGAGAAAUUGGAGGACACCCUGGAUGGCGAUAAAUACGGCGUGGACAGUUCGGUAUCCGAACGCCGAAAGCCGAUCUGUACGUGUAAACAGUUUAUCGAUCAUGAAGUAACGUCUACGUCGGAGCAAUUACCAAUAGACCAGAUCUCGUCACCGCAAGAAACCGAUGAAGUGUUCAUGAGAAGCCAAAACGAGCCAGCAACUUGCGAAUUACCGCCAGCGCAAGAAUCUUGCGAAUUACCGCCAGUGCCAGAAUCUUGCGAAUUACCGCCAGUGCCAGAAUCUUGCGAAUUACCGCCAGCGCCAGAAUCUUGCGAAUUACCGCCAGCGCCAGAAUCUUGCGAAUUACCGCCAGCGCAAGAAUCUUGCGAAUUACCGUCAGCGCAAGAAUCGUGCGAAUUACCGCCAGCGCAAGAAUCAUGCGAAUUAGCGCCAGUGCAAGAAUCUUGCGAAUUACCGCCAGCGCAAGAAUCUUGCGAAUUACCGCCAGCGCAAGAAUCUUGCGAAUUACCGCCAGCUCAAGAAUCUUGCGAAUUACCGCCAGCGCAAGAAUCGUGCGAAUUACCGCCAGCGCAAGAAUCAUGCGAAUUAGCGCCAGUGCAAGAAUCUUGCGAAUUACCGCCAGCGCAAGAAUCUUGCGAAUUAUCGCCAGCGCAAGAAUCAUGCGAAUUAGCGCCAGUGCAAGAAUCUUGCGAAUUACCGCCAGCGCAAGAAUCGUGCGAAUUACCGCCAGCGCAAGAAUCAUGCGAAUUAGUGCCAGUGCAAGAAUCUUGCGAAUUACCGCCAGCGCAAGAAUCUUGCGAAUUACCGCCAGCGCAAGAAUCUUGCGAAUUGGCGCCAACGCAAGAAUCUUGCGAAUUACCGCCAACGCAAGAAUCAUGCGAAUUACCGCCAGCGCAAGAAUCUUGCGAAUUACCGCCAGCGCAAGAAUCUUGCGAAUUACCGCCAGCGCAAGAAUCUUGCGAAUUACCGCCAGCUCAAGAAUCUUGCGAAUUAGCGCCAGUGCAAGAAUCUUGCGAAUUACCGCCAGCGCAAGAAUCUUGCGAAUUACCGCCAGCGCAAGAAUCUUGCGAAUUACCGCCAGCGCAAGAAUCUUGCGAAUUACCGCCAGCGCAAGAAUCUUGCGAAUUACCGCCAGCUCAAGAAUCUUGCGAAUUACCGCCAGCUCAAGAAUCAUGCGAAUUAUCGCCAGCUCAAGAAUCUUGCGAAUUACCGCCAGCGCAAGAAUCGUGCGAAUUACCGCCAGCGCAAGAAUCAUGCGAAUUAGCGCCAGUGCAAGAAUCUUGCGAAUUACCGCCAGCGCAAGAAUCUUGCGAAUUACCGCCAGCGCCAAAAUUUCGCGAAUCACCGCCAGCGCCAAAAUUUCGCGAAAUACCAUCAGGGCAAGAAUCUUGCGAAUUACCGCCAGCGUCAGAAUCUCGCGAAUUACCACCAGCGCCAGAACCUCGCGAAUUGUCACCAGUGCCAGAAUCUCGCGAAUUACCACCAGUGCAAAAAUCUUGCGAAUUGCUCUCAACGGCAGACUCGUGCGAAUUACAGCCAGAAUCUUGCGGAUUACCACCAAACCCAGAAUCUUGCGAAUCAACGCCAACCCCCAAAUUUUGCGAAUUACCGCCAGUUCCAGAAUCUUGCGAAUUGCCGUCAGCACCAGAAUCUUGCGAAUUACCGCCAGCGCCAGAAUCCUGCGAGUUGCCGCCAUCUCAAAUACCUUGCGAAUUAACGCCAGCACCAGAAACUUGUACAUCAGCGGAAGCUCAUACUCUGGACACAAAAGAAUUCCCAAUUGUGCAAGAAAAGGAUCACAAGCCCGAAAAACUUGAACAUCACCGAGAUACCAACUAAACCUUCUUGACUCAAACACUCAACCUGAAUAGAAAUGCUGUCCUCUCCAACCUUCCCCUACAUAGGAAUCGUAAAAAGGGGGAAAGACGAAAACAGAAUCUCCUGACCAUUAGGACGAUUAUAGAUCACAAUUGGAAUUUUACCAAAAUCGAUUCUCUUAUUUUUUAUGUUCCUAGUUUUUAGCGAUCACUCGUCAUCGAUAAAGUCGACAAAAUCGAAUUGCGCACGACCGUGGCCUAAAUUAAAAAAUCGAGAUAUAUUUAUUUUGAGCACCACUAACGUUAAUAUUCUAAAUUUCAACGACACUGAUUUCUAAAUUUGAUAAUUUCAAGCUACUAAUUAAGGGUACGUAAUUAUUUGAGACACCACUGAUGCUGAUAUUCUAAAUUUCAACGGUUCUCGUUUGUAAAGUUAAUGAUUCAGUGUAAAUAUACGCUUCUUACUUCGUUUGAUCCAUUUUGGGCUAAAUGACUUUAUAAAUUCGUAUUGAACGUUUUUCUGACAUUCGAGAUUCUGAUACUCGGGGAAAAUACUAUAUCGAGAAACAGCGGUCUGAUCGUUACGAAAGUUUCGUUCGAGACGGCAAUAUAUCGCUAGCACGACCAACGAUAAAAAAAAUUCUGGCAGAUAAUAGGAGAUAAUGGUUGAGCGAUUCAAAGGGCAGAUGGGAUUCUAGACACUUGUGCAAUAUUUGGUAAAAAAUGUCCGAUCUAUUCGGCAUGGUGUAAACUUGCACGACGUUUUCUCGUGUUGCUCAAAGUACAAAAUGGGACGCGUUAUCGUGUUCAGCCUCCCGCUUCAGAGAUAAUUCGUGUAGCCAUUUAUCGUGAUUGCAAUUUUUCAUGCGCGGUCAGUUUGUAAAAAUAACGUCGGGAGAAGAAGUUAGAACUACUCCUGUAAAAUUUAUAAUCGAUAGUAAUUAAUAGAGAAUUAAAUUAAGAGGUAGUAAUUACAUAGCAGAAUGUUCUUGAAACUUCGAAGAUUAUUCUUGAACAGAAGGCCACGAGUAUUGAUAAUUAUUUUAAAAAGUAAAUUAACAAAAAUCGAAUAUCGUCGUAUUGGUGAAAAUUAAAUCAACACGUGGUAAUUAGAAUAUAAAAUGUAAUUAGAGUGCAUCGAUGCAUCGGAUAUAUCCGAUGCAUCGAGUGUAUCGGAUAUAUCGAUGCACUCGAAGUUUCAAAAAUCAGAUUCGCAUCGUUGAAGCUUCAAGGGGAUCAUUCUGUUCUCUAGUUUCCAUUCAAUUUCAAAAAACAAAAUAAAGACACUAUAUAUUGAAGAAGACUGAAUAUGAUUACUUAGAAAAGCUUGAUCUCUCAGAGCUGGAAUAACAUUUUAGAUCACGUUAACGAUAUAUUUUACGAGCGAUUAAAAACCCCGAUAUAAAUUUCGCAAAAUAAUCAUAUUAAAUUAACCUAAGAAGUGCGCACGAAUGUGAAAUUAUUCAAAAUGUUUUUAUAUUACUUUUGCAAAAUGAAAUUUUUAUUUUUGAA